GAAGAACCGGCGCCGGGUAGGCCUGAACCCGGCGCCGGGUAGGUCUGAUCCUGCAAAUACAAAAGAACGUGCUGAAAUAUUUUGAUGGAAAAAACUCACCUUCCUCAUGAGCUAAUCAAAUAUAUCUUCCAUGCUUGAUUGUUGGGCUCGAAUAGACUAAAAGAUGUCAAUCUUGAGCCUAUAUAAAGCCCCCAAUUCAUCAAACAAGAUCAUCAAUCCAUCCUUGAAGCUUAAAUUUCAGUUUUUAUAUUUUAUUUUUGCAUUCUCUUGAAGUGUUGGAGAAGAAGCCAUUUCUCUCCUCUACAAUUGGUUCUAGGUAUUAUUUCUUGUAUGUUAUUGUAUUUCCUUUAUCUUAGUUACACUUUUGUAAUUAAUAUGAGCAUUAGAGGCUAAGUUCUUAGCUAAGGCUAGGGAUGAACUUCUAUGCCCACUAGGUGUUUGAUAAAAGUUCUAAACCAAUAAAUUGUGAUUUAUCCUUUACAUUUUGAUUGUUUAUGACUAUGGUGUACAACAUAGAAGUAUGUUAAACUUAGUUUAUGCUUGCAAUUAACGUUGAGGUCUAAACUAUGAACAUUAAAGGAUAAACAUAUAUAUUACCGAGAAUAGAAAUAUAUCCGGUAUUAUAUGAUACGGGUGUGAUGUCUUGAUAUUCAACGGGGUUUUCGGUAGAUGAAUGUAAGCCGUAACGGGACUUACACGUAACGAAAACCACGCUCUCGCUGCCUUAACCGGAGUUGAGAAUAUAUUAGCGACAUCGUAUUCAUAAUUAUUGGUAAAGAACUAAUAUUCAACCCUAUUAAAGCAUUUAAGUGAUUCCCGAAGCCUUAGUUGUUGUUAUCAAUCACUUUAAUCAAAUUAAUUCAAGUUAUAUCUCUGAAAAUUAAAAAGAAGAACCAAGUUGUUGUUUUCACAACAACACACAACUCAAAAUCCCUACACUUUACUCAUUUACUUAUUCAAAGUCAUCUACUCGCGGACUAAAUUAAACAACGUUUCCCUGUGGAUUCGACCCGGUAUUUUACCGGAAUUUAUUACUAUAUCGGCACUUGUACACUUGCAAGUUCAGCCCGAUCAAGUUUUUGGCGCCGUUGCCGGGGAAACGGUCUUGUUUAAUAAAGUCCAAACAAUCAACCAAUCAAAAAUCCUGAAUUUAUUUUUCACAACUUCACUUGAUCUUGGAAGGAAUUUUUUUUUCUUGUGUAGAUAUUCCCUUGUGUUUGCAUGCAAUUGAGAGGUCAAGGUUCUAAAAUUCUUGAACCACUUGAUCUUGAAAUAGAAAAAACUUGCAAACACAUUCGAAGGGAGCAAAAAGCUACAAAAAUGUUGCCAACUUUGAAUGAGAGGAAGAGACCCGUGGUGGCCGCUACGCCAUCUUGCAUCACCUUGAGCGAGGAAGCAAGAGACUAUGAGCUAAGGCAAAGCUACUUCAACGCUAUGCCUCAGUUUCAUGGUUUGCUUGGGGAAAAUCCACUCAACUUCAUCACGGAGUUCUACGGAUUCAUUCAAGGAAUCCCUAGAAAUGGCUUGGCGGAGGAUCAACUCAAGCUCAAAUGCUUCCCCUAUACUCUCAAAGGGGCGGCAAGAGGAUGGUUCCUAGAGCAAGCUCCGGAAAGCUACACAACAUGGGAAAGUAUAUACAAUGCCUUCAUGUCUAAGUACUACACGCCCACCAUGACUCAAGAGCUUAGACAACGCAUUUUCAAUUUCAAACAACAAAAUGGUGAGCUCUUUCAAGACGCAUGGCGGCGUUUCAAAUCAUUGCUAAGGGAAUGCCCACAUCACCGCAUUCCCCUAGACCUUCAAAUUGACACGUUCUACAAUGGUUUGAAUGCACCUUGUCAAGCCAUUGUGGACAACCGAGCCGAGGGCUACAUUGGAAAUAAAAAUGAAACUGAGGCACUCCGAAUCAUUGAAUCUAUUGCCUCAAAUCCUCAACUUCAAGGAGGCGAUUACAAGGUGGUCGGGAUGAAUGAAAUCUCUAUCACAACCGAGAUUAACAAAAGGCUUGAACAAAUUGAAUCAAAAAUUGAGCAAAAAUUCCAAACGGCCCUUCAAGCCGUAUUGGGAGGAGUCAAGCAAAUAGCUAAUGUGGAGAGCAUUCAAAGUCCGGAAGGCAAUUUAUCUCAACAUCUUGAAGAGGUAAAUUUCAUGAACUCUUAUGGGAACCGGGGAAACAAUAAUCCUUCUAAUCAACAAAGGUGGAACCAAGGGAGCAAUUGGAAGCCACAACCCCAAUCCGGAGCACCUAAUUUUGGGCCGUCCAAGGAAACCACCAUGGAGGAUAUGAUGCAAUUCAUAUCCAAGAGCAUGGAAAGCAUGAAGGCUCAAAAUGAAGAGAACCAUAGUAGAGUGGAGGCAUCCAUUGGGAAUCUCUACUCUCAAUUCAACAAGUUGGAUCUUCGCUUUGAAGAUCAAAAUAUAAAGCUCAACCAACGCAUCGACACCAUUGAGCAAUAUACCAAGGCGUCAAUCCGAAAUCUUGAAGUUCAAUUGGGGCAACUCGCCCAAAAAGUGACUUCUAGAGAGCAAGGUAAACUCCCUAAAACUACGGAGGUAAACCCGAGGGAGAGCGUCAUGGCCAUUACCACAAGAAGCGGGAGGCAAACGGAGGAUCCUAAGAUGCCGGAGAGAAGAAAGACACCGGAGGAACAAGAAGAGGUUUCACAUACACCGUUGCCACCUAUUAUGCCUCAAUAUGUUCCUCCCAUCCCUUAUCCACAAAAGUUGAAGAAGAAAGGAGAUGAGAAGAAACACAAGAAUAUUCUUGAUAUAUUCAAGAAAUUGAGCAUCAACAUACCUUUUGCGGAGGCCAUUGCGGAGAUUCCAUCAUACGCAAAAUUUCUCAAAGGCAUCAUCUCCAACAAAAAGAAGUUAGAGGAAUUUGCAACUGUAGCACUAACGGAGGAAUGUAGUGCCAUUAUUCAAAACAAACUUCCUCCAAAACUCAAAGACCCCGGAAGCUUUACUAUUCCAUGCUCUAUUGGAAAAAUCGGGGAGGUAAGGUCUCUUUGUGACCUUGGUGCUAGCAUAAAUCUUAUGCCCUACUCCCUAUUUAAAAAGCUAAGUGUGGGGGAACUCCAACCAACAACGGUUGCUUUGCAAUUAGCGGAUAGAACAAUCCGCUAUCCGAUAGGUAUCAUGGAGGAUGUCCUUGUGAAACUUGGAAAAUUCUACUUCCCGGUAGAUUUUCUUGUUUUGGACAUGGAAGAGAUGGAAGUUCCUGUCAUCCUUGGGAGAUCAUUUUUGGCCACCUCCGCAGCCGUCAUUGAUGUACAAGCGGGCACCGUAAGACUAAGAGUGGGAGAAGAUGAUGAAGCAUUCCAUGUAUGGAAAACACAAUCCAUUCUAACUCAAAACAUGGAGGUCAACACAAAUUCUUUUACUCCUCCCAAGGCCAUAAACAUCAUGGACAUCAAGAAGGCACAAAUAUUUGGGCCCGAGGACCCUCCCACACACCCCGAGAGCAAAAAGAACAGGCCUCCAACUCCAUGGCCUCCCCACGAUCUCAAAAAGGUAACAUUGGUCAAACGUCUUCGGGAGCACAAUCACACGUGAGAGGUACGUUGCGUCCGGCCUAUGACGUUAAACUGAGCGCUAAUUGGGAGGCAACCCAACAAAUUCAAUUAUAAAUAAAUAUGUUUAGUUAAAUACAUAUUCAUAUUUAUUUAUAAUUGAAACAACAACAAAAAAACACAAAAAAAAAAACAAAAAAAAAAGAAAAAGAAAAAGAAGCAUCAUCUAAACUCAUGUAUCAUGCAUCUCCUACUCUCACAAGACGGCCCAUUCCGCUAUUGAAGAUUUCAUCUUCCAUUACAUCCUCCAAUGUACAUUGAGGACAAUGUAUCUCAAGUGUGGGGGGUGCAUCUCAUGGUUAGUUAAACAAAUUUUGUGUGCAAAAUAAUAUUUUUUUAGGAAGGUAAAAGUUGUGAUAAUUCUCUUUUUAAUGGGUAUUUGGUUGAGAAAGUUUUUAUUAUUCACAUAAACUAUCAUUUUUUUUAGAUUUAUUACACUACUUUUACUCUUGAAAACCAUUCCCAAAAUAAACCUUGUGACUAGGAAACAUCAUCUUCUUCCAUGUCCAAAAAUGGUUUAAGUACAUCUCAAAUAUUCAAGAACCAUUUUGGAAAACAAGCCACCCUCAUGUCUCAUCAAAUAAAUUGGGAUCAUCAAAAUGACUUUCAGAAAAUACUUGUUGAGAACCAAUUCAAAUGAGUUAUAAAAAAAAACCUCAUGGUCUCUCCCAAGAACUCCAAUUGAUCCAAUUCUAUACUGAAAAGUCAAAUACACCAAAAAGCCAUUCUACACACCCAAAAAGUCUUAGUCACAAUCCACUCAUCUACUCUCAAGUGUAUAAGUAAUUUUUCUAAAUCUAAUGAUAGUUUUGUGUGUCUAAUAGAAAUUUGGUUUUGGACCGAGAAUGAUAAAGGAGUUUACAUAAUUUUAUACCUCCCUUAAAAAUAAAAUUAUUUUUGUGCAUAUAUUUUUGUUGAAACUAACCAAGGCAUCCAAGGUGAAGAAAUUGCUCGAGGACGAGCAAUGCUCAAGUGUGGAGGGAUUUGAUAGCCGUUAUAUUUACUUGUGUUGAAGAAAAGAAGAGAAAUCGGGCAAAUACCUCCAGAAUGAGAGCUUGAUCAUAAAACAUUGCGAUGAACGACUUUUUGGACCAAGAGAAUGACGUUCUGCCCAUAAUUUGAGUAUAACGUAUUCUAUAGAACUCGAAAUCACUCGAUUCGAGUUUCAUGUGAAUGCUAACUCAAUAAGGUACAAAUGUUAUGAAGACGUCAUGACCAAAAUAUGAAAGGAACAAGACUCAAUCAACCAACAAAGUCAGAUGUUGCUGGUGGGAUUUCAGGAUGCAUACCUCUCAGUGUUUUAUCCAUAUCUCUUGAUUGGCUGAAUAAAAUCAUGUCAUUCAAGUUUUGUUGGAUAGAAGACUUCAUUAUCUACAACUUUGGUGAAGGAAUCAUGUCCAAAUUCGUAGCGGAACAUCCCCAAAAUCCCAGGACAAAACCGACACCGGAAUUUGCACCAAACCGGCGCCCGUUUGUUGAUUUUCACAUGUACACAAACCAGUAGCUUACCCGGCGCCGGGUAGGCCUUAUACCCGGCGCCGGGUAGGCCAAAAUUUCAUACUUCCCUGCGCACAAUGAAGAACCGGCGCCGGGUAGGCCUGAACCCGGCGCCGGGUAGGUCUGAUCCUGCAAAUACAAAAGAACGUGCUGAAAUAUUUUGAUGGAAAAAACUCACCUUCCUCAUGAGCUAAUCAAAUAUAUCUUCCAUGCUUGAUUGUUGGGCUCGAAUAGACUAAAAGAUGUCAAUCUUGAGCCUAUAUAAAGCCCCCAAUUCAUCAAACAAGAUCAUCAAUCCAUCCUUGAAGCUUAAAUUUCAGUUUUUAUAUUUUAUUUUUGCAUUCUCUUGAAGUGUUGGAGAAGAAGCCAUUUCUCUCCUCUACAAUUGGUUCUAGGUAUUAUUUCUUGUAUGUUAUUGUAUUUCCUUUAUCUUAGUUACACUUUUGUAAUUAAUAUGAGCAUUAGAGGCUAAGUUCUUAGCUAAGGCUAGGGAUGAACUUCUAUGCCCACUAGGUGUUUGAUAAAAGUUCUAAACCAAUAAAUUGUGAUUUAUCCUUUACAUUUUGAUUGUUUAUGACUAUGGUGUACAACAUAGAAGUAUGUUAAACUUAGUUUAUGCUUGCAAUUAACGUUGAGGUCUAAACUAUGAACAUUAAAGGAUAAACAUAUAUAUUACCGAGAAUAGAAAUAUAUCCGGUAUUAUAUGAUACGGGUGUGAUGUCUUGAUAUUCAACGGGGUUUUCGGUAGAUGAAUGUAAGCCGUAACGGGACUUACACGUAACGAAAACCACGCUCUCGCUGCCUUAACCGGAGUUGAGAAUAUAUUAGCGACAUCGUAUUCAUAAUUAUUGGUAAAGAACUAAUAUUCAACCCUAUUAAAGCAUUUAAGUGAUUCCCGAAGCCUUAGUUGUUGUUAUCAAUCACUUUAAUCAAAUUAAUUCAAGUUAUAUCUCUGAAAAUUAAAAAGAAGAACCAAGUUGUUGUUUUCACAACAACACACAACUCAAAAUCCCUACACUUUACUCAUUUACUUAUUCAAAGUCAUCUACUCGCGGACUAAAUUAAACAACGUUUCCCUGUGGAUUCGACCCGGUAUUUUACCGGAAUUUAUUACUAUAUCGGCACUUGUACACUUGCAAGUUCAGCCCGAUCACAUGCUUGCAAGAAAUCUCCUGUUGAAGAUUAAUUCAUUUUGUCCACUUUAAUAUGAGUAUUCUUGGAUCCAGGUUGACCUCCUUGAGCCUGUGCCACAUUUUUUGGAGGCUGCCCGUGUGAGUUUGGCUCCUGCAAAAAUUUAACUGCGCCUGGGAUGAACAGAGUUGCCAAUUUUUUCUGUGUUCCACUUCAGAUCUGAUUUGUGAUUUGAUUUCCAGCCAAAGAGUUUUUGUUGAGUAGCUCAAGUCCAAAAAUAGCAGAUUCGGUAGAGUAUUAGCUCCAAAUUGAUGCUAUAGAGUAUUAAUGGUGGCUUUAUUUUGUUCAUUUUUGUUACUUAUAAUGUGGCAAAGUUAAAAAAAUCAUGCAGGCUAGCUAUGUUGAACCAAAUAUUGAGAAGUACUCCGAAGACUUGUUUUAUUGGAUUAUGAUGGCGAUGCAAGGAAUUAUGAUGUCUAGUGUGUAGCAUAUAAAAAUGUUGUAUGAUUAAAGUAUAGAUUUAUAGCAUCUUGUAAUACACUACGUGUGUAGUACUUAUUGAUAUUGACAUUGUAAAAUAAUUUGAGUAAUAAAUACAAUUAUUGUUCUUUUGAUU